AUGGCAAGAGAUGAUGAAAUUAUUCUUGCACUUAUUUCACUUUCAAAAAUUGGAACUGAAAAAUUUAUUGAACAACUAAAAUUGGAUUUUCACACAAAUUUCAGAAUUAAUCCAAAUGUAAUAAUGAAAUGUUUUUUACAAUGCCAUUGGAUGAUUAAAUUUGCAGAUGAAUCACUAAGGGACAAUGAAGAAUUCAUGCUAAAGGCAAUGGAAACCUAUCCUAAAACAUUAUACUACAUUUCAGAUAGAUUGAAACUAAACAAGUCAUUUAUUCUCAAAGCUGUUAACACAAAUGGAAGAGUUUAUAAUUUUCUUUCUCCUGAAUUUCAAAAUGAUACUGAAAUUAUUUCAACAGCUGUGAAACGAAAUGGAUUUAUUUUUGCCUCAAUACCAAGAAAAUUUCACUCCAAUAAGGAAAUUUUAUUGAGUGCCUUCAUUGAUGGAUGUGACAGAUAUAAUGGAAACAAUUUUUACACAGUCAAUGGUCAAUAUCGAUUCAUUUUUAAACAAGUUCCAAAGGCACUGAAAAGCGAUAGAGAACUUGCAUUGUCACUUGUUCAAAGAUUUGGAUAUUCUAUUUAUUAUUUGAGCAGAGAUUUGAUUAAUGACAGAGAAAUUGUGUUAAAAGCCAUUGAAAAUUGUUAUUUCUCUAUUAUGGUAGUUUACAAACAUAUCUUUGUGUAUAGAGAUGAUGAAAUUAUGAAAUUGGCAGCAAGACAAUAUCAACCAUCGUCAUCAUUAUCACUACAACUUGAUAGGAAAUUAAGACGAGAAAUUGAGGAUGAAAAAUAUUCUAAACGAUCUUCAUUUUCAUGGAACAAGUAUCAGUACUAA